AUGGACCAGAACCCGGCUUCGUUGCUUCAGACGCCGGAGCAAUGGCCCCUUUGCUCAGAAUUGGAUACGCCCUUCUCCUCUGCCUACUUCUCCGCCGACGACCUACAGGCAUACGCCAUGCAAAACCGCACCACCACCAUGCCCGAGCCCUACCGUCCGCAGCCCACAGCAGACCUCAUGUUUCUUGACAUGCCGAUUCCGGGCCCUGAUGCCGGUCUCGGUCUCGGCCUCGGAUGGUACGUGGACCUUGUUGACGAUGGCUUGAGCAUCCUGGCGUGCUACGGCGGCUCGGGCCAAGACAACCACCGCCCUCCCCGGACCGGAAGGGAGGUUCCGGGGCCACCUGAUUUCCCGCUUCUC